AUGCUCUCACUCGUCGAUUCCCCAUUCACUGUGGACGUCUCGAAGACGGCGCUGGUUGCCAUGUACGAGAACGAGCUCACCGUCCAAUUCAGAACAUUCCGCUCGGGGCUCUUCUUCUUCUCGCUGUCAGACCACGGGGACGUGCUGAUCGCCCAGAUCACGCAGGGCACAAUCCAAGUCAUCUUCGAUUUUGGCUCUCUCUCCCCGUCAAAAAUCUCGGGAGGCCGAGCUCUGGACGACGGGGAAUGGCACGAACUGCGCUGGGUGCACCAAUUUGAUUCAGUUCAGCUGAGCAUCGACGGCGUCAUGCUAAACCAAACAACCCCGACGGGCCUAUACAGGAAAUUGGACCUACACUCGCAGGUCCAUGUCGCCGGCCGACCGCCAGACGACUUCUCACCGGGCGUCGAGUCUUCGUUUCACGGUUGCUUGGCAAGAAUGUUACUCAACGGGGUCGAUCUGCUGUCGCACGCGCCUAGCGAUCUUGAUGCGCCAUGCCAGGUUGGAAUUUUCGGCAAAUCCAUACGAAUC